AUGAUGGAACCUGAAGCCAUAAGAGGAGAAAGGCCCACCUCCAGAAAGCCAUAUCCUGCUUAUAUUGAUCAAAUACCUUUAUCCUCGAGCUUUAAGAUACCAAACUUCACCUUGUUCAACGAAGAGGACACCCAUGUUUCAUCGGUUGAGCAUAUAGGCAUAUUCUAUGUCCAGUGCAUAGCGAUAGAAAAUAACCCAUUACUAAAACUAAGGCUUUUUGGAAAUUCCCUCUCUGGACAAGCCUUCACCGGGUAUACUAGCUUACCAGCCAAUUUUUUUCAAACUUGGGAACAGAUGGAAAAUGUCUUCCACGACUAUUAUUUCAGGAUUCAGCUAGAAGUCACCAUCAGUGAUCUUGCUGCCCUCAAACAGAGUGAGGAUGAGCCCGCACAGGACUUCAUACCCAGGUUUAGGAAGCUGAAGAUGAAAUGCCGGAUACCUAUGGAAGAGAGGCACUUCAUCCAAAUGGUUCAAAUUGCCCUUAAAAUCUCUCUGAGAAAAAGAUUUGAUGGGAUGUUGUUUGGAGACCUGGCAGAACUGGCAGACAAAGCAUCUAAAUACAAGGAGCUGCUCAGGGAAGAACAACAGAAAAGGAACUCCUUUAAUGGCACAUAUUACAAAACCUCAUCUUCUUUAGUGCAUCUGGUUGAAGUGGAGUCAGAAGAAGGCAUAGAAAGCUCAGAGGAAAGGGAAGUUGCAGUGGCAGAAAUGGCAAAAUUGAAACAUCCUAUCAGCUGCAAGGCUCUGACAAAGCCACCAAAGGAUCAGAAGCUACCACCGUUUACAGGAGGAUUUGUUCCAAACAAACCAACACAGAACAGGGUCUAUUCUUUCGAUUUAACCAAGGUUGACGCUUUGUUUGACGAGGUGCUUCUCCAAAAGGCAAUAGAGACAACUCAUAGGUUGCCCAAGCCAGAGGAACUCAAGGGCAGACAGUAUUGCAAAUGGCACAACUCUUGGAACCACUCCAGCAAUAGUUGUGUGGUUUUCAGAGACGUCAUACAAGAAGGAAUAACAGCAAGAAGGCUAAAACUGGCUGACAAAACCUCCCUCAGUAACAAGAGACCCUUUUCCCCAACCUCAAGUCAACAUGGUCAACUUAAAUUGGCCAAAACAAAAGAGAGGCAAACUAACGGCAGAAGCUAUCCCCAACAUAGACAGAAGAGUCAUAAGAGAGGCUAA